AUGGCAAAAUCAUUGCGAUCAAAGACAAAGCGUGCUUUCCGCUCCAAGAAGCGAGAAACUGGGGUCUAUGCGGCUGCAGCUGCAGCACGACUCAAUCGCCUCAAUGCAAAACUUAUCCAAACGACGAAGAAGGAUCUCGACGGAGACGUAAUAGUAGGAGAUGCACAGGAAGGGGAUACUUCAGGUUGGUGUUGGUUCGCAACAUUUGGCCUGAUGGAUCCGAACGACAUCACACUGGACGGCCUGGAAGCCGAGACACUUGACGAUAUCCAGCAGGUUCGCCCAGAUUCCAUGGCUAUUGACACAGAGUACCCCAAGAGGGUGUCAACCCAUGGUCCACGCGGUUCACGGAGAGAAGAGUGGCGGAAGUCGAAAGGGCGGGAUUGCAGCACGGAGAAAAGCCGGGCGCUCCAAGAGAAGACGUUGAUAUUCAAUUUCUAUACCCGGGAUCCUUCCAUCGGUCUUACGGCGUAA